GAGCUCGCCGGCCCCCUCCCCCGCCCGCAGCUUCCGAAGCACCCUCGGUGCGUUGCACCGCCGGAGGCUGGGCAGCUCGCUGUGCUGCUCGGCGCUGGACCCCGCCCGGUGGGCACGCACGCACACGGCCCUGCACUGCUGCCUUCCUCAGCAUUGCACGGCUGACCCUCGCCUCCUCCCUGCCCUGCAGCCGGCUACCGGGGUUUGCUCAGGACUGGCGACGUGCGGUGCAUUGCUCCUUUGAGCGUUGCUGCUCGGGGCGCUGCAGCCCGCAGCCGCCUGCCUCCCCCGUCCAGCCCCUCCCCAGGCAGUCGGUCCUCGCCCACCGCCCGGCGCAGCAGCAGAGCCGGGCUGGGCUGCGGUGCGGCCACCUAGCGCGCUCCCGCAGCGGGCCCUCUGGCCUUCCUUCCCUUAGGGCAGCCCGCGCCUCGGAGGAAGGGAGCUGUCCUUAACUGAGACCAGAGGGGCCCGGCGGUGAGAUGAGCUUCUUCGGCUUCGGGCAGAGCGUGGAGGUGGAAAUCCUGCUGAACGAUGCGGAGAGUAGGAAGCGAGCGGAGCACAAGACUGAGGACGGGAAGAAGGAAAAAUAUUUCCUCUUCUACGACGGGGAGACAGUCUCCGGGAAGGUGAGCCUUUCCCUCAAGAAUCCAAACAAGCGGCUAGAGCACCAGGGCAUCAAGAUCGAGUUCAUCGGGCAGAUCGAACUCUACUAUGAUCGGGGGAACCACCAUGAGUUUGUAUCCCUGGUGAAGGACUUGGCUCGGCCUGGUGAGAUCACCCAGUCACAGGCCUUCGACUUUGAGUUCACCCAUGUGGAGAAGCCUUAUGAAUCCUACACCGGGCAGAAUGUGAAGCUACGGUAUUUCCUUCGAGCCACCAUCAGCCGCCGCCUCAAUGAUGUUGUCAAAGAGAUGGACAUUGUAGUUCAUACACUCAGCACAUACCCGGAGCUGAACUCUUCCAUCAAGAUGGAAGUGGGGAUUGAGGAUUGCCUGCACAUUGAGUUUGAGUAUAAUAAAUCCAAAUACCACUUGAAGGAUGUCAUUGUAGGGAAGAUAUACUUCCUGCUGGUGAGAAUCAAAAUCAAGCACAUGGAGAUAGACAUCAUCAAACGGGAAACAACAGGCACAGGCCCCAAUGUGUACCAUGAGAAUGAUACAAUAGCCAAGUACGAGAUCAUGGAUGGGGCACCAGUACGAGGAGAGUCCAUCCCCAUCCGGCUCUUCCUGGCAGGGUAUGAGCUCACGCCCACCAUGCGGGACAUCAACAAGAAGUUCUCUGUGCGCUAUUACCUCAACCUGGUGCUGAUAGAUGAGGAGGAACGGCGAUACUUCAAGCAGCAGGAAGUGGUGCUGUGGCGGAAGGGAGACAUCGUGCGGAAGAGUGCAUCCCACCAAGCAGCCGUGGCCUCCCAACGUUUCGAGGGAACAGCCUCCCUGGGUGAGGUGCGGACCCCCAACCCACUGUCAGACAACAAUGGCAGGCAGUAGGCCCCGGCCAAGAAGCUGGCUGGGCUGUGGCUCAGCAUCUCCAUCUACCAAACACCAGCGGCCGGGGGAGGGGGAGGAUGGCAUUGGCUCAGCUGACCGUUACUUGCAAUCUUGAAAACAAAUCAUGUUUUUUGACUUCAA